AUGGAGAUCACGCCGGAAGUGCUGUCCUCUUUCGGGAUAGGGAAAGUGUUCAAGGAAAGUACCGACCGUAUCAACUCCUUGGACUUCCACCGCACCCACGACCUGCUGGUGACGGGUGGAGACGACGAUGCCAUCCGGCUGUAUGACACAGAGACCGGCACCGCCCUUCAGGCGCUGCUCAGCAAGAAGUAUGGAGUGAAGUCGGUGUGCUUCACACACGAUCCCAGCUCCGUCAUAUACAGCAGCAACAAGGGCGCGGACUAUGCGCUGCGGUACCAUGACCUCCACAGCAACCGAUAUGUGCGUUACUUCAGGGGACAUGGGGCCAAGGUCACCACGCUGUGCAUGUCCCCAAAGUCGGACAACUUCCUGAGCGCGGCGGAAGACAAGCAGGUGCGGCUCUGGGACCUGCGCCAGCCCCACUGCCAGGCCAUGCUGCAGACGCCAGGCCUGCCGACAGUGGCCUACGAUGAGCAGGGCCUGGUCUUCUGCGUGGGCGCCGAGAGCGGGGUGGUCAAGCUCUACGACGCCCGGAACUACGGGCAGGGGCCAUUUGCAGCCUUCACGGUCGCGGACGAGAAGAACGGGGCCGCCGUAUUUGCCGUGCUGCGAUUCUCGCUGGAUGGCAAGUACCUGCUGGCGGUGGUGGAGGGCAGGAUCUACGUCAUGGACGCGUUUGAGGGCACAGUGGAGCGCAAGGUCCACAGCAAUAUUCCCGAGGGCGGCACGGCCCUGGAGGCCUGCCUCACCGCCGACGGCAAGUAUGUUCUGUCGGGGUGCGCUGACCGCGCGGUGAGGGCCUGGAGCGUCGCCGAUGGCUCUGUGGUCUCUGAGUGGAAGGGCCAUGCUGGGGUCCCCACAUGUCUCAAGUGGUCACCCCGCAAGAUGCUGGUGGCAUCUGCGUGUCAAGCCCUUGCGCUGUGGAUCCCGGCAGUGUAG